UAGUAGACUCGUAGUCGUCUGAGAUUUGUCGACGCGGGUGCGAACAUGUUUCACCAUAUUAUUGUAUUAUAAGCCAAAGGAAAUUUUAUUUGUGGCCGUUGACAUUUAGGUACUCGAAAACAUGGGUUCAAAAAUUGAAUAUGUCGAUUCUUCGCAAAUAUAUGCAACCAAUUACGUACGAAAUUCAAAAGCGAUUGGAGUGCUCUGGGGGGUAUUUACGAUAUGUUACAAUAUUAUCGUCGUGGUUUCUUUUGUUACUUCAGAAUGGAUUGGAAACGCGAAAGGCCAAAAUCCGGGUAAAUUCGGAUUGUGGUCAAUGUGUGUCGCCGAAGAAAGUAGUGAAAUAUGUAAAGGAAGGCUAGAAAACUUUUUAAACCUAUCGAACCCUGCUUUCCAAACAUCGGCAAUUCUUAUUGCAUUGGCGGCGUUAUUCGCCUUUAUUGUAACAUUUGCAAUGAUUCUUUUCUUUUUUUGCCGAUCAACGAGGGUAUUCAAAAUAUGCGCCUGGGUUCAGCUUUUCUCCGGUAUUGCUUUGAUAGGAGGAUGUUGCUCGUACCCAGCGGGUUGGGCGGACCUAAAUGUGAAGAAAGUAUGUGGACUAACAAGCGGCAUAUAUAAUUUGGGAGAAUGCGGAAUGCGAUGGGCCUACAUAUUGGCCGCAAUCGGUUGCCUUGACGCAAUUGUUUUAUCUAUUUUAGCCUUUAUUUUGGCGAAUAGGCAUGUUAGUUUACAACCCGAGCCGCAAUACGCGCCCGCAAGUAUUUUCAAAGGCGAAACAAACAGUGCCUUCGUGAGUGAUUCAGCCAGCGUAGUCGGUUCGAGAAAAUCUCUGAGCAUUCGACCGAUAGUUAUGAUGGCACCCGGUCAAGAAGACACCUACUCCCAAUUUUCGCAACGAACUAUUCCCAGAUCAGUACAUUCCGGACAUUAUUCCCAUCUUCAUUCACUCCAUAAAAAUUUUCAGCUGUAACUGCAAAAUUAAAAAAAUAGUAGGAUCGUGCAAUGAUUUUUUUUAACAACCUGACAUUAUUAUUAAAGUAUUAUUAGUUUUGAUUGACAAGGCAUGACUUAGUUUCA